AUGUCUAAGGUCGACCCGGAGAAGCUCAUGGUCAAGGCUGAGAAGCUGUAAGUGUCGAUCUCUGCGGUGGCUUGUCUUAUAAUUUUCUGCGACCUAGAUCGGUAUCUUCGUGCCUUUUUUCAUCUUUCCGGGCCAAAUGUGUAAUCGACUUGUGAAUUAUAUCAACUGUCGAGAGGGUUCGAUCUCCCUGUUCUUCCUUAUGUUUCGCCCUCUUUCUUCGCGUAAGCAGCGGCCAAUUUCCUAUUUUAUCUGGGGGAAUUGGGCAGUCGUGCCCUUACAUGAGAAAUCAAGGGGAUAGUUUGCCGCAUUUGUUGUUUCGGUGCUUGUGAUUCCAGCGUUGAAGUCAUCAAUGGCGGUGAUACACGAGGAACCGCCACGCCUUUUAGCAGAUUUCAAUCAGAUGUCUGAAAGCUUCGUGACGAUUUUCUCGUUUCUCCCCCUUUUUUUUCUCUUUUCAGAACAAAACUCAGCUUCACGAGAUGGACUGCUGACUGGAAGAGUGCGGUAGUUCUGUAUGAACAGGCUGGUUGGUGCUCGAUCGAGUUCAUUUCUGGUUUCAUCUUCCACCCAGUUCAUCAACUGAGAUAGUUUUCUGCUUCUGUGAAGCUAAUGAAUUCAGGGCAACGAGAAACGAUGAAAAGGCAAAGAUUGCAUUCGAGAAGGCGUCGAAAUGCCACGAGAUGAUAUCGCAGUAUCCUCUCAUCCUCUGGAAUCCAGAUCCCUCAUCGUUUCCGUUGUGCUUUCUGUGCUGUGAAGUAGUUGCUGUGUGUCCUCGACAAAUUUUGGCAGGCCUUGGGAUGCGGCUAAGCAUCUGGAAUCCGCGGGCAGUCUGGCGAAGCAGCUUGGGGAAUGGAAUGAGGUCUUGGACUUCUUUAGACGCGCUUCGGAGCUGUACAGCGAGUGUGGGAGAGCACAGCCAGCAUCUGAUGCUCUUGCUAAGGGGGCUCGGUAUGGGACUGGAUUCUUGUCACACCCUUCUGAAUAUCCUGGGUGCUUUCAUAUGAUACGUUUCUGAUGGUUCAUUUUCAAAACCUGUGAUAUCAUCUAGCCUCUUAGCAGAGGUAAACCCAGAAGAGGCGAUUCGAUUGUUCAAUGAUGCCUGCGCAAUACUGGAAGAAGAUGGCAAGGAGCAAAUGGCCUUUGAUUUGUAUCGUGAUGCCACAGAGGUUUAUAUCAAGCUUGAGAGGUGAGGAUCUGAUGAUCACUUGUUUCUUAAACUGCGGUCCAUAAAAACUCAAAGCACUCAAUUAUCUUCAUUCUGUAUAGUGUUCUAUGUAGUCACUUACAGAAGAUAAUGAAGGGUUAUCUUUUAUUUUAUUUUAUUUUUAUUAUCCUGGUGAGUCUGUGCUGACCCUAGCUGUCCUGAUAUGGUGGUCAUUGCAUUCUACACCAAUUUGACAAAUUAUCUUUUUUUAAGGCUCAACAGAAGGGGUUUAGCCAACUUUUUUUCUUCAGGAAGAUUUUUCUAGUGUGAGAAAGGAUGAAACUACUUUCUCUUUCUGCUAGUUCACCAGUGGAACCCGUUGACCCGUCAAAUGUUUCAACGAUGGCUUUUUUUGUUGUUUCAAAAUAUGCUGAUAAGUUUUGUUCAUCAACAUUAUCCUCUUUUUCUUGUCCCCGAUCACCAGAAGAAGGUUAACUAGUGUUAUUCUUCAGCUGUCUUUUUAAUGCUAAUGAUAUGAUAAAAAAAGAUCACUUACAUCAAUUUUCACACACAUAGUACCCUUUGAGAUCACAUACUAUCCAACCAGGUGUUAAAUCCUUCACAAAGAUUUUUCUCUAUUUCUUCCUUUCUUUUUAAAGAAAGGAAAAAACAAGCCAUCUCAAUCACUCGUCCUGCUACUUUAAUCCACCAUGUACGUUACAAUUUAUUAAAUACUUCAGAAAAAGGUCAAAAGGGCACAAUUCAAUGAAAUAAAAACAUAGAACCAAAAGCAUAUUUCAGUCAAAGAUGGCUUACUCUAGGUUGAUAAAAUACAUCCAUGAUGCGCUGUCCUGUAUCUUCUCAUCGUGAUUGGACACUGUAAUAUUAUUCUCCUUCUUCAAAAAUGUCAACCAACAGAGACCAUCUCUUUUUUCGCAAAAAAAGCAAACCUUGGUGUCUUUAUUCUUGAAAGAAAAUCCGUCUGAAUUCGAUUCAAAGGAAAAAAAAUAUAAAAAAGAAUAUCAUCAUGGUCGAGCAUCUCACUAAAAUUGUGCUGUAUCUGCGGCACAUUUGAAAUCCAAAGCCGUUGUUUUCUCCUUCAGUGAUAUGCUCAUAUAUAGUUGACUUUAUGAUCCAGGUAUACUGACGCUGCAUCACUUCUGUUAAGAUGGGGCCUAGCAGCAGACCACUGCAAAGCUGUGAACAGUCAAUGCAAGGUGACUCAAGUUUAUAGCCUAUUCUUCUUGUUCUGUCCGUGGAUUUUGAGAAUUUCGGUGCAUCAAAACACUUAAUAUUAAUCACUGGUUGGAAAUGUUUACUGUGGAUUGAAGAGUUAGCAGCUAUUUCGAUUAUAGAUAAAAUGAAGCUAUGUACACUGUGGAUUAAAGUUUUAGCAGCCUUUUGAAUCAUGAAUGAAACAAUGUGGUUCAUGGUUAUAAUGUGGGAUGGUGUUUGAUAAUGAAAUGUUGCUAGCCUUGAGUUCUAUAAGAUUCUGCAUUUACGCCAAACUUGGGCAUCCUUUUUUCUGUUCGACUGUCACUCUUACCUUGCUUGCAGUAGGGCACCUAAGUUUGUAGAGUUCCAUUUAAAUCGAUUUAUGAUGUGAAAAUUCUCAACUUUUUCUGUCCAAACUGAUGAUUUUUCUGAUAAAGUUCCAGGUAUAAACACGAUACAGCUCUCCAAAAAAUAAGACAAUACAGGAAUUAUGGUCUCUUUUUCAGUAAGUGGAUGUGUGCCAUAGUGUGUUGCUGGUUUUAGUCCACCACCUAGGAUGGAUUUUGGAGAACUGUGGUGUUUUGUAUCUUAAAGUGGUAAUAAGUUGUCCUGCUACAAUAACAUGGAGAUGAAAUCUUUUCAUUAGGGUACAACUGUAUCAUCCCACUGACUAAUCUUAUGAGAAGAAUAUUUAUGCCUGCUUUAAAUUGGUGCCCUUAUGAUAUUAGGUUUUCAUUAUGGGGGGGAGGGGGAGGCGGUCUGUUGACCUGGUGAGACAUUUGUUCCCCGUAAGCAAAACCUUAGAAGAGAAACCUUCUGGUUUCCCACAGCCCCUAUUCAAGGGAUGGAACUUUGGAAAUUCUUCUCUCCACAACCUCCAUUCUACCUCCAAAAAUUUGCAGUUUACCGCUACUCGUGUUUAAUAAAGUAUGAGUUCAAGUACUGCGAUUGUUCAAUCUUUUAUGAAGUGUGAACUAGGUCAUGAUAUUUUUCUGUAUUGGACAUGGGUCUGGUGUGGACACAACUUUGAUUCACUAUAAUCUUUAGACGGACUAAAGGAUCUUCAAGUUGGAUAGACGGCAGCAAAUCAAAUAGUUAUUCAGUGGUGAGAGGCAGGUUAUAUUAAACAAAAUGGCCAAGUUGGUGUUUGAUGGUGGGGUUUGCUCGAAUAGGUAGUAAUGGUAUCAACAUUCUAAGGAAAUGAACCGAUGCAUCAACUAGCUGAAAUAACAUUGAUAGCAUCUGCUCAUGUCUUUGCUCGUCUCAGAGCUGGAUUCGCCGUAAUUGCUCGUCUUCUACCUCCUGGUUUACGCAGGUUAGCUUCUGCUUUUUCAAACGGUCAAAUCUUCCAUUUAACGAAGAUAAUUCUUCUCUUCAUCAAGCUACCCAAGAAAUCUGCCUAAAGUGUAACAGGUUGCUUGUAGCGCUGUCAUAGUGAUGACUCAGUCCCAAAUGGCUGUGAAGGAUGAUAAUGAAAUCUUUUGGAUCUUUUCCUCAAGAAGAACAAGUAUGCAGCUCCAUAAGCCAUCACACAUGAACUGAAAUCGGUCCUGGAAGAGCUCCAAUUGUCUUUGGAUUUGGAACUCCAAAUAUGGAACUGCUUUGUUCUGUGGGCAAUUCGGGAUUUUUCUAUAUGAGAGACAUGGAUAGCCAGUUUUGGGGUUUUUUCCAUGGGGGAUUGGUCAGUUACCACCAUGGACUCAUUUUCUCUCUAGGUCUCCAUCAUAUUAAUGUACGUAUGUUUUGCUCAAUAGUACAAAAUCUAUAUAGUUUUUAUCUUUUUCAUUGAAUCCAUAGUAAUUAUAAUCAAUACUUGAGAUUCUACUUUAUGGCCUCUUUGUGCUGCAAUGCUCAGCACUUCUACUCUUUAGACUUUGGGAAGUUUUGGGACUGGAGCUGAGGAAAGCUGGUGUUGACCCAGUUGGACCUUCUUGAUUGGGUCCAGCCUUGAGAUAUAUUUUACCUUUUGAGACCCUGUGAAUUUUUUUAAUCAAACAGAUAAAAAUAUUGCAAUUUUUACGCAUCACAUCAGUGCGGUUGUGUUGCAUCGAGUUUGAAAUUCUGAAAUCAAUUCAGAUUUGAUAUAGUUAGAUCAAUCCAAGCUUCAGUUUAAUGGGGUUUCCAUCCCAAAUGGAAUGAAAUGAAGCUUCAUUUAUUCAAAAUAAUUGGAUAAGUUCAAGGAUCUCUAUCUUUUGGAACAUAUUUUCUGGGUUACAUGGUAUGUUUCCCUGGAAACUAUGAUGAGGGAAUCAAUUCGUAGAAAUAUGUGAUAUGUCCCAAUGUUUUACCACCUCUCUUUAAUUUUUAUGUAUGUCCAAUGGUUACAUGGUUACAUGCCUGCUGCUUAUUUGGGCGAAUAUUUUUCUGGGCUACUCAAUGUUUUUUUUUUACCAUUUCAAGCAGGCUUACCUGGGUGCAAUUCUAGUUUAUCUUUAUACACACGACUUCAAGCAGGCUGAGAAGUGUUACAACGACUGCUCUCAGUAAGCUCCAUGCUAAAUCUUUUCCAACCUUUUUUAAUUCUUUUAAUAUUACAAGGUUUAACGCCUUUUUUACUUUAUUUUAUCAGAAUCGAUGCAUUCCUCAGCAGUGAUCAGGGUCGCUGUUCUAGCAAGCUUCUUGCUGCCUAUGAAGAAGGGGAUGCUGAAGAAAUCAAACGUAUCUGUCUAUCAAGCGCCAUUUCUCAUCUUGAUCACAUGGUAAUAAUAUCUCUAUAUAUCAUCAUCUCGCUUAUAUUUUACAUUCUUCGUGUCUGAAUCGUAUGAUUUUUUGUUAUAUUGUGGAUAUUUCUUGUUGGGCACAAUUCCCAUUUUGCAAAUUAUGAAUAAAAAUUUUAUUGCUUGAUUUCCCGUUGACCUUGAGUUGGAUGGUCCUGUGUUUUCUUGGUUUCAGAUCAUCAGGCUAGCUAGGAAGCUGCCUACCGGAGACCUGACGUCACUCAGGGCCAAGGAUGCAGAGGAAGAAGCCUUGGAUGAAGAUGAUCUUACUUAG